AGCACCGCGGCGGCGCUGGCCGGCUUUUUGGGGUUGUGCUCAGAAGAGGUCCGGCCGACGAGCGACCGAGCAGCUCACCUAGCAGUGGCACCGGGGUCGGUUGCCGUGAGCUGAAAUCAUGACUACCCCAGGAAAAGAAAACUUCCGCCUGAAAAGUUACAAAAACAAAUCCUUGAAUCCUGAUGAGAUGCGUAGAAGAAGAGAGGAAGAAGGACUUCAGUUACGGAAACAGAAGAGAGAAGAGCAGUUAUUCAAGAGAAGAAAUGUUGCUACAGCAGAAGAAGAAACAGAGGAAGUUAUGUCAGAUGGAGGCUUCCAUGAGGCCCAAAUUAAUAACAUGGAAAUGGCACCAGGUGAUGUCAUUACUUCUGAUAUGAUUGAAAUGAUAUUUUCCAAUAGUCCAGAGCAGCAGCUUUCAGGUACACAGAAAUUCAGAAAACUGCUUUCAAAAGAACCUAAUCCUCCUAUUGACGAAGUGAUCAGCACACCGGGAGUUGUGGCCAGGUUUGUGGAGUUCCUCAAACGAAAAGAGAACUGUACACUGCAGUUUGAAUCUGCUUGGGUGCUGACAAAUAUUGCUUCAGGGAAUUCUCUUCAGACUCGGAUUGUGAUUCAGGCAGGAGCUGUGCCCAUCUUCAUAGAGUUGCUCAGCUCAGAAUUUGAAGAUGUCCAGGAACAGGCAGUCUGGGCUCUUGGCAACAUUGCUGGAGAUAGUACCAUGUGCAGGGACUAUGUUUUAGACUGCAAUAUCCUUCCUCCUCUCUUACAGUUAUUUUCAAAGCAAAACCGCCUGACCAUGACCCGGAAUGCAGUCUGGGCUUUGUCUAACCUUUGUAGAGGGAAAAGUCCACCUCCAGACUUUCCAAAGGUUUCCCCGUGUCUGAAUGUGCUUUCCUGGUUGCUGUUUGUAAGUGACACCGAUGUAUUGGCUGAUGCCUGCUGGGCCCUCUCAUAUCUGUCAGAUGGACCCAAUGAUAAAAUUCAAGCAGUCAUUGAUGCUGGGGUGUGCAGGAGACUUGUGGAACUGCUGAUGCAUAAUGAUUACAAAGUGGUUUCUCCUGCUCUGCGGGCUGUGGGAAACAUUGUCACAGGGGAUGAUAUUCAGACACAGGUGAUUUUGAAUUGCUCAGCUCUGCAAAGUUUAUUGCAUUUGCUGAGUAGCCCAAAGGAAUCUAUCAAAAAAGAAGCAUGUUGGACAAUUUCUAAUAUCACAGCUGGAAAUAGGGCACAGAUUCAGACUGUGAUAGAUGCCAACAUUUUUCCAGCCCUUAUUACUAUAUUACAAACUGCUGAGUUUCGGACAAGGAAAGAAGCUGCUUGGGCCAUAACAAAUGCAACUUCUGGAGGAUCUGCUGAACAGAUCAAGUACCUUGUGGAAUUGGGUUGUAUCAAGCCACUAUGUGAUCUUCUUACAGUCAUGGACUCUAAGAUUGUACAGGUUGCCCUCAAUGGCUUGGAAAAUAUCCUGAGGCUCGGAGAACAAGAAGCCAAAAGGAAUGGCACUGGGAUCAACCCUUACUGUGCUUUGAUUGAAGAAGCUUAUGGUCUGGAUAAAAUUGAGUUUUUGCAAAGUCAUGAAAACCAGGAGAUCUACCAGAAAGCCUUUGAUCUCAUUGAGCAUUACUUCGGGACCGAAGACGAAGACAGCAGCAUCGCGCCUCAGGUUGACCUUAGCCAGCAGCAGUACAUCUUCCAGCAGUGUGAGGCCCCUAUGGAAGGGUUCCAGCUCUGAAGCAGUCCUGAUUCCAUGGUCCUGUGUCAGACCUGGCCGCCUAGUCAAGUCCUCUUGUGGAGCCCACAGUCCUCAUGGAGCUAACUUUUCAAACGUUUUCCGUAAUACUGUUUGCGCUCAUUUGCUUGCCUUGCGCACCUGCUCUCUUAAACACAUCUGGAAAACCUUUGGCUCUCUGUGGUGGAAUAUCCUACUAAUAAGAGGGUAACCAGGAUGGCCCACUGUCUUGAGGAAAAUCCCUAGGCUUUGGAGAUCCGCACUUAUAUAUGAGUCAUGGGAAUAUACAAUUAUAUUAAUCUGGCUCCCUUUUUUGUGGGGGAAAAGAGAGGACUCCUCAUUCCCUUUAAAGUGGGAAAAAUACUGCUAAUAAAAGAUGAGACUAAACCUUUACCUUGAAUUUCACACUACUACUUGCAGCAAGCGAGAUGUGUAGACCUGUUGUGUAUUCUUCAGAGUACUUUUCAUGCGUUCUUCCACAGUGAACCCUCGGAUUACCUGGUGGCUUUUUUCAGCCAGUUUUGCAUUAAUCCUUCUGGAGACUGGAUGGUUUUGUCCCUUCGGUUGGCGCCAUUCUUCACAGAUAAAGUUAAACCAUCUUCUCCCUCACCUUCAGCCUUCAGUGAAUGUGCUUUCUAGUAGUCAGGAAUGCUGAAGAAUGAACACUUUGAUUCUUAUAAAUGUGAUACUGGCUUGCAGAUUCCCCCAGAGCAGACACGUGGGGCACAUAUUUGUAUUACUGUUGCUUCUCAUUGGUCUGACGUGUCUGACUUGGAAGUGGUUCAGUUCUAAUACUGGUAUGAAGAUUUAUGGUCCUUAGAAAUCAAAAUCUGUAUUGUAAUUCAGUUUAAAGCCAACAAAACAAAACAAAAACAACUCCUGUCUCUCCAAAGUCAGUCAGUCUGUGCCAGGAGGCUGUUUCUGCAUUACAGCAACUGUUUCAGGCUUUGUGGUCCUGAUCAUCAAGGUCCUCAGCAAUUGGAGUUCACCCUUGGUGCUUUUCCCUCUCUGAAUGUGGGUAAUACACACUUGCAAGGGUUGCUUUUCUUAGCCCAGAGCAGCUUGAUUCUAAUGUCUCCAUGCUGCAUACACGAUCCCUUUAACAUGGCAUCUCUUUCUUAAAUCAGUAAUCAUCUUCUCGGUAUGACCUCCUAACCUAUAUAAGGAAAGCGAUCUUUUUCUUUAUAAGCAUCCCUUCCCCCCCCCUAAUCAUUUUAUUUUCUACUUGAAGUGCCCGCCUCCACUCCCAAUAAAAUAAGUUUCCCACCUUCUGGCUCAUUUAGCGAUGACUGCAAUCUGUACCUGCAAAUGACGCCUCCGAUCCUGUGUGCAGUGAUCCACACUUGUGCUUGCACUGGAAUGAAAAACAAGCUUGGUUGCCAUGAAAGCUGCAGCUGAGUUCACUACGACGUCUCGAUGCUAGAUGGUCAUCAUGACUCAAUGUUGGAACGCACCACCGGAGAAGAUUUUUGAUGUGCUGUGGAAAAUGGAUUUUGAAGGAAAAGUUGCUCACUUCUGCUCAAGAGUAUAGCCUGUAAACCUUUUUAGACUUGUCUUCUUACAGAAUUCAUUAUAACCCCAAAGUACAAACUAUUUGGAAGUUGCCCCUGACAAGCUAUUACACAUCUCUGGGAAAUCCUGCUGAAUGUUAGGGAUAUUCAGAGUUUUCAUACCUCAUCAUGAUGUUAUUUAAGCAUUCAACUUAUGUGACCUGAUUUAAACUUUUAGGAAAUCCACUUCGUUCAAACCAGAACAAUUCAAAGACAAAGACAUUUAAUCUGCCAGGAGUGUGACGCCUUCUUCGCAUCUAGUCUGUAGUUGUGUCUGUGCUCUGGGGCGGAUGCCGUCUGAUGUCCGUCUGCUAUUGAUGGAGCAGCCACAGCAAAGCUAGUCCGCUUCCAUCUCUACCUGUUACUCUCUCUAGUGCUGCUUUGUGCUGAAGGGACGUUUUAGUUUACUGCACUCGAUCUGUAAGAGACUUUGAUUCUUUGUCAUUUUAGGGAUAAAUUAGGUGGUUAAUUUAAAGAAAAACUCAAUGUUGCCUUUACAUCACAUUAAAAUAUAACUUCUUUCAGAAGGGUAAUAGAAGCACUGAUUCAUGGUAAAAAAUACCUUGUUUUUAGCUUGGAUUUUUUUUGUGUGUGGCUGAGUUUUUUUUUAAUUGUAAAUUACUGAUAACACGUUAUUUCUAUAGGAUGUUUUAAGUUAUGUACCUUCUAUUGGAUAGUUUAUAAAACGUCAGUUUAUUUUAUAAACUAACUAGAAUGGAAAACAUAGUGCGCACCAAGUUGUCUCUCCACAUUAGUAAGAGUAAUGUAUAUUGGGAAUCUUUGCUAGCAAUUGCAGGUGUCCAUUUAACUGAUGUGGUCUAUUUACUGUCUAAAACAGUAUCUUGCUUACAAGUUAAUGAGAGCCUACACAAAAAUUUUUUUUGCAAUGAUAUGAUUCUCUAUAAAUAUAAAUAUUAAGAUUUGCUGAAAAGUUACAUCCAGCAUAACUCAUUGUGUUGGAAUUCAUUGGUACUGAUAAAAGCAGCCUUUGAGUAAUAAAAAUGGCAUUUAAGAGGUAA